CAAGUUACAGGCUCGGCAGCAGCGGAAACUAGUCUAGGAGUGGCUGCCUGGCGAUAAACCUUCUGAAUGUGUUAGCAACAUUCCACUUCCAUUAUGGGUACUGCACAUGGACACGUACGCACUGGAAAGCGUACUUUUCGUGUAUUUUUGCAGGUUGAUAGCGCAAUGUUACUUGUCGUGACCACGAUAAUUCUUGUAAUGCCGAGUCCGUUACAUGCUAAAGUCAAUGUUGACGAUCUUUCGAGCAAAUCAUUGCCGUACUUCGACCAACUUUAUCCCGAUGGAGUAAAAGCUUACAAAGAACAACUUUGGUACAAAUGUGCGUAUAAUCUGGAAAAGGCCAUUUCAGAUUAUAACAACUUCCAAAAUAUAUUGACAGACUGUCGAAUAGACUGCAAAAAUGGUGCUAGAAAGUCAAACUUAGAAAACUUUACUGCAGAUGCAGAAUUAGGAGAGUUUUCAAUAUUCGAAGCCUUCUUAAAAAAUGCAGACUGCUUCAGAAGAUGCAAGAGCGAACUUUUAUUUUCAAGACCUGGUUUCAGAAUAUCGAGAGAUUUUGAAAACAUUUUCGCUAAAAGGAAACCUUAUCAGUAUCUACAGUACUGCUGGUACAAGCUGGACCGUGUGAAGCAAGCUGCAUCAGCAGCAUACACAUAUUUUCUUGCCAAUCCAAAAGAGGAGGAUGCAUACAAAAAUGUGGUUUUCUAUCGCGAGAAGGCAAAAGUACCUGAUUCAGAUUUUGUUGAUUUGGAACUUAAACCAUACAAGGAGCAGUACAUUCUGGGCAUGCUUGCUCACAAUGAAGAGGAUUGGACCAAUGUUGUGGAACACCUGGAAAAAAGUCUAGACUUUUUCUUUGAAGUUGAGAAGCGUUGCCGUGCCAAUUGCGAAGGUACAGGAGAAGAGGACUUGGGCAGGAAAGAUUUUGUGGAGACAGUAGCAGAUCGUCUCUUGAAAAUCCUUGACUGUCAGCUGGGUUGUGAGGGAAACUUAAGUAUCAUCUACUCAGAGCCCAUUGAAGGGUUUUUGGCUGACCAGUUUCACUAUCUGCAGUACUCUUACUUCAAGAUUGGGAAGUUCAGUGAGGCUGUGGAAGCAACUGCAUCAUAUCUUCUUUUACACCCUAAUGACACUGUGAUGGAAAAGAACAAAAAGAUUUUUAUCAACAAGUUCCAGUACUCAGAAGAACAGUUUAUACCUAGAAAGGAAAUCAGGCAGUAUAUGGAACAGAAGAAGAAGUUGAUCAAAUUAUUAGAAUACUUGAAGACAAAUUACAAGAAUGUGCCUGAAGAUGCUAUUUAUCUGCCCUCAGACGAUAGCAGUUCAGAUAGUCCAGCUGGGGAUGCAACCACACAAGAAGUGUCAGAGUUCAAAGCCUGGAUGGAGCGAUUUGAGAGGCUUGGACUUCAUCUGAUUGCAGAUGGGGGGGAUCUGAAACGUUCCUACAGAUUUGCUGCUGAUGGACUGCUGAAGCCAGACCAGUGUGAAGACUUGCUUGACCUCGUUGAGUAUGUACACUUGGACAAGAAGGGUGUUCAGACAUUUACCUUGGAGCACGCUCGAGAGACCGUGCUUACAGCAGAUGAAGACUACGAAGCAUCUUUGCGUCUCUUCAUGCGAGCCACAGAAGUAGCACGGCACUACACACAACACUACUACAACUUAUCUAGCUCUCUUUAUUUCAAGAAUGCUACUAUUGUUUGCUGGACAUCCAUUCCAGAACCUGAAGUGGAAGCAGAUUGUGUUCCCCAGGAAUUUGGCUCCUGCUUACCAGAGCCAGUAGUUUUGGGCAGUCAAGUAAAAGCAGACCAGUUUGUGUCAGUUACUUAUUUGAACACGCAAGAGGAGUCUGAAUUCUAUUUCUUAUCAGAGAAUGCUUCUUUUGAUGCUUCCCUGGGAGUUAAAUGUGGACGCACCAUAGGCUUCCAGUAUGGAGAUCGUCAUGGAGUGAGAGUACCUCGAUCAGGACGUCGAUGUGCAAUGGUGGUCACGUAUAUGUCACAAAAGAACCCAGAUGAGAUGGAGUAUAUCAAAACCCUGCAGAUACUGCAUCGCCUAGAUGAAAAGCGCAUGGAAGCUGGACUCAGUAAUGCCAAAGAGGUGCUGGAAAAGCUGGCCAAAACUGGUGUAAAGGUGGUCAAAAAUGGCUCAGAUCUGCUUGGCAAAGAGAGGGUAUUGGCUGAUGGACUAGCUACCAACGCUGAAUGUACUUCUCUGAAGAAUAUGGUCAUGAGUGGUGCUUUAAUUGGUGAUGGGUAUGACCAUCUGGCUAAGAAACCCUCCGCCAUUUCCCCUCACACACCCCAUGAAAUGUUUCAAGGACUCACCAUUUAUAGAGCAGCUAAGCUGAUGCAUAUGGGACUGGUCAAUACAUUUUCCAUGAAAGCCUUCCUGGACCUCAGUGAAAAGUCCCGUCUAUUCAUUGAAAAAUACUUCAACUUGACCAAACCGCUCUAUUUUGACUUUACCCAUCUUGUCUGUCGCUCUGCCAUUGACAAUACCCAUCCCAGAGAUGACUUGAGUCACCCUGUACAUGCUGAUAAUUGUGUUCUGCAGCCAGAUGGAACGUGCAUGAAAGUGUAUCCAGCCUUUAUUCAGAGAGAUUACAGUGGUAUCCUGUACUUAAAUGAUGAUUUUGAAGGAGGAGACUUCUUUUUUGCUUAUGGCAACAAGACGGAACAAGUUUCUGUCCAACCUAAAUGUGGGCGACUUGUCGGCUUUAAUGCUGCUGAGUUUCAUGGUGUUAAGGCCGUAAGGAAAGGUGUGCGAUGUGCACUGGCAAUGUGGUUUACUCUCAACCCCAAUUUUAAAGAGCUGGCACACAUUCAUGCAAAGAAGGUUUUCAGAAUAAUUCAGGAAGAGCGAGAAGCAGAGGAGAAGAAACUGUCUACAGAUGGGAACUCACUGCCACAAGCAGAUGAUGCCAGCAAAAUUGCAGUUAAUGAUCAUAAUGAUAAUGAAGAUGUCAAAAUUGCAAUGGCUGCAAAAGAAGUUGGUAAUGAUGGGGGGAAUUUGGGAAAAAGUGGGAGUGAUGAAAAGGAGGGCAGACCAAAUUUAGUUUCAGAAACUGAAGCUCUUGAAAUUAAGGAUGUAGCUUCAGAAACGGAAAUACCUGACGUUAAAGAUGUAGUUUCAGAAACAGAAACACCUGAAAGUAAGGAUGUAGUUUCAGAAACUGAAGCUCUUGAAAUUAAAGAUGUCGCUUCAGAAACUGAAACACCUGAAAUUAAGGACAAAGUUUCAGAAGCUGAAAAGGAAGAUGUGUCAGAAGUGAAGAAUGUAGUUUCAGAAAUUGAAGAACCUGACAUCAAAAAUACAUUGUCUGAAACUGUAUCAGAAGCUGAAAUAUCUAAUGUGAAGAAUGUUGUUUCAGAAACUGAAGCACCUGCCACUAGCAAUGUGUUGGAAACUGAAACACGAGGUGCAAAAGAUGUGUCAGAAACUGAAACACCAGGUGCAUGGGAAGAUGCAUCAGAAACUGUAGCUUCUGACACCAUAGAUGUCUCUUUUGAAACUGAAACAAUUGAAACAAAAGAUGUGGUUUCAGAUGAUGAAAGAAGUGAAUAUCAGGGCUAUGCAGAUCUAGACAUUAAGCACAAAGAUACAGAAAAUAUAGCAAACAGUAAAAUUCUAUAUGUUAAUGGACUACAAAAUGGUUAUCAAAAUGAUUGGGACAAAGGGGAAGAGCGUCAUGAAUUAUAGCAAACUUAACGUGGCAGCUUCUAGGCAGGAGUUGCAUGCUUGUUAUUUUAUGAACAAUUUUAAUUUGAUUUAAAGUUGGGUAAAGCCUAUUACAGAAGAAGAGCCUUAUUCCUAAUCUUCUGUACUUGAAAACCACACUUUCUCUUGCUAUGACAUAAACUAUAUAGUCUUGAGAAUGUCAUUUUACAUGAAAAACAAUCCAUGGUGCUGCUUAUAUUGGAAUGUUUCAAGGACAGUUUAUUUUCAGUUUUGGCUACAUCAGCAGGUGAUGGCCUGGGUAGCUGAGCAGAACAUGAGCAGCCACCACACAUAUUGUUGCUCUGUUUGCUUUGGCCCCCUAGACUUUUUUCUCCCAGCUCUAGCUUUGUAGUAAUUUGCUUUCAACUCUAUAUUUUAAUAUUUAAUUCACCAAGCUACUUUCCAAAGGAUUAACUUUAUAAAACAAUGCAUCAGUGUUACCUCAUUAUUUGCCUGCAAUUAAUAGUGAUCGAUAUUGAUGUACAUAGAAUAUUAUAUGUUUCUUGCGGGUUUGAUAACUUUGUGGUUCAUGCACUCGUCUGUCGCGCAAGAGUCACCGGUUUGAGGCCUGUCUGAAAACACCCUCCUUUCCUGAAACCCACCUGCCCACACAGCAAAGUGGAGAUGAUUCAGGCAGGUAAGGGGCAGUGAAGCAAAGGGCUGCUACAUGCUGGACCCUGGACAGAGUGGACCACUUACGUUCACUGCCUUUACUGGCUUCAAGGCUAUGGGCAUUGUUCUUUGCCAUUUGAUAUGUUUCCUAGGUGGAUAUGUGCAUGUGUGGUCAGAAGGCUUCUGAAAAUCAAGUAAGCAUGAACCCAUUAGCAAAUUUCCUGAUAUUCAGCAUGGGAAUUUAGCUUACCUUUCUUUAUCCUAUGGAGCUUUGAGCUAACCUAUGACUAUAUUUUUAUGAUAACAAAUGCCCAGUUUGUAUCAAACAAGAUCUAAUAUGUUUGGCCAUGACUGAUUUUGUAUCAGUUCGGUUUUAUUAUUUUUGCUGUGUUGAUUGUUAUUAAUAAGACUGCCUCAGGGCCCUGAUAAACAGUUGGAAAAUGUCCUACUUGUUCAUACUUUCAACAUAUCUGCUGCUUUAACCAUUGCAAGAUUGUUGUUUGUGAGUUUUGAUGAGCUUUACUUGCAAGGUAUUUUGGCUGCCAAUCACACAUAUCUUUUAAAAAUAAACAUGUUUGGCUCAUCUGUGGAUUGCUCAGCAUGUUUCUGAGUAACUCAGUGUUCUGUACACAUACCAGCCAUGUUGAAAAUAAAAAAAACAUCAGCAGCUUUAUAUCAUUCUGCUGCCAAAGAAGA